AUGACGGCCGACGGUUCCACGCAACGGGCUUCUCAAGUAUGCAAUAAUUGCAAGACCCGGAAGAAAGGCUGUGACAAGCAGUUGCCUACAUGUGGGUACUGCAGCAAGCGAGGCCUGGAGUGUCGCUAUGAUCGUACACCGGACUCGCGGCCCGAGGGCGCCUCGGUAGGCAGCAUAGCGGACCUCCUAUCGUGCAGCACUGGACCAGCACUGGACGGUGUCGUGAACCUUCAGGUUUGCCAUGCUAUACAUCGCACGGGCAUAUCCAUCGAUGAGCUUACGAGUCGAUUUUUCCACUACUUUCAUCAGUGGUUGCCGAUCAUUUCUCCGGCAACAUUCCGAGAGACAGCCGCCAAAUACCAACAUGGGGUGCCUCCUGCGGAUUUUUCGAUGCUCCUGCUUUCGAUGUAUGUCAUCGUGCUGAGACCUAUUGAUGGGUCUCUAGUCGCGCCAAAGGACGACAUUCAACCGAAAGACUUGUAUCACACAGCCAAGGUGUUCCUCAGUCAUGUGCAGACCAGGCUGUGUGCAUCGAUCCUCCUGGUGCAAGCCACCAUCCUCAUUGCCGAGUACGAGUAUGUGUGCGGCAAGCCUGGAGGCGCAUACGUGUCCCUGGGCCUCGCACUCAGAAUGGGCUACGUUCUCGAGCUUCAGCACAGCGUCAUGCCGGACAGCCUACACAAAGGACCCCAUCUCCAGCAUAGCAGAGCCGAGCAGAGAAAUCUAUGGUGGGGUAUCGUUGUGAUGGAGCGCCUGAUCGUUCUCGAACUCCCUUCCAAAGGCCCCAGCCUCUCGACACGCUACCCAUGCGGCGACUUCGAGUUUCCUGUAGACCUCAACGACAACAUGAACUGCAAAACACCAAACGACAAAGGACCCGGCGGUCAUCACGACCAUGUCAUUAAAGACGACUUUGCAAACAUCGUCAAGGCCUGUUUUUACCUCGAUGCGGUCCUCACGGCAAUGGACUGCAUAGAUGUGCCAGAAACUCGAAGUGAUCUUGAUGCACAAAUUCUCGGCUUCCUCAGAGAUGCCAUGGGAUCUAGUGCACACGCACCUCAUUCUGAGACGCUUACAAUCGCUACGAGAUCACUCAUGCUACGCCAUCAAACCAUAUUGAAUCGACUCCCGCCUGAGAAAAUCGAACAAAACCGGAGCACAGAAGACGCUCUCGACUCCGCCGCUACCAUGAUCCUUGAAGCAGCUUACGAUCACAGCGAGCAUUUCGAUGUCAUCGAUGCUCUAUCACUUUCCUGCUUUUAUUGCCUGGACGUUGCUUUUCAACAAUAUGAGAAGCGUCCAAAUCUCAAACAGCAGAGCCAUAUCACCCAAGCUGCCGACAUAAGCACACCACCGCCGGCACCCAACACUCACAGUAGAAAACCUCAACCCAGCCGAAACCGUGGCCGCACAACUCCCAACCGGCACCGUCGCCGUGGGCCCCAACGUCACCGCCGUCGAAAUUCCCAACCCCUCCACCUGCCCCACCCUAAGCACAAUCUGCGCACCCCCAGCAACCGUAAAAUUCCUCAAACAAUUCCCCUUACUCGGCUGUCCGAACGUCGGCAAAUCACACGCGAAGACAUUAUCCGCGCGGCACGGCGUCAGCGGCAUGCCGCCCUGCGGGAAGAAGUCCUCGCAGAUUUUGGAGCAGGGCGCGUUCCAGUUCGGGUCGGUGCAGCUGCCUCGGGAGUAGAAGCCGUUGGCGAUGCAGAGGCCGUUGUCGGUGCAGAAGUCGUUGGGGCUGCAGCAGGUCGAGACGGCGGCCGCGGAGUCGCAGGGGAGGUCGGCGGAUUCGGUUACGCCGUCGAUGAAGUAGCAGGUUGCGUGGGUGGAGGGGACGCAGAGGAUGAGGAAUGA